ACAUGAUACAGUCCAAGAUGGCAAUUUAAUGCACGCUUAUUUUAAAGCCUUUGAAUAUAAAAAUAUCGUCUUUCAGCAAUGAUGACAUAGGGUUGUCAUAAUUGGGUCAUAAAGCUUGGAGUGCUUCGAUACAGUGCUUACGGCUAACCUUUAAUUUGGAAUACUUAACAAUCAUGCCUGGGGCCAAUCAGAUGAGGAGAUGUCAUUACGUCAUCACGUUCAAGAAACGUCUUCUUUUAGUAUCCGAAUUCAAAAUUCAUUCAUCCAUUUUUUUUUUUUUUUAUAAUAAAACGCCGAUGGAAUUUACAGAGCGAAUGUCCUAGUUGUUCAACAUGGUGACCAAGAGGAUCCGCUCUGAGUACAUGAAGAAAUUCAAAGACCCCAAAUGGGAGACCUAUACUAAGUGUUAUGAGGAGAUGCUGAAGUACAGGCUGACCCGCAGGCUGCUGGAGCAAACACACAACCCCUGGUUCUGGAGUGGCCCCGACAGUGAUUCAGAGUCUGGAGAAAGAACCCCCCCUCCUCCCAGCAAGAACCAGGUAGGUUCCGAGACCAGCAGAGACAGGGUGGAGGCGGAGCUGGAGGGGGCGAAGAUGGACGGACAGCAGGAGCAGCAGAGCAGAGUCAUGCGGUCGGUACCCAGGCUUCCCCUCCAAGAAGAGGAGAAUGUGUCUGCUCGACAGUUCCCAGUCCAUGGCACACAGGUUGAAGGUGCCAAAGACACAGGAGUACUAGAGGACGAGACAGAGGAGCAGACUCACAGGGAACAAGACAGAGAGAGAGACACUGGAGGACCCCGACUACAGCAAAGUAAACCCUCCAAAUCUUCAAAGCAAACAUGGCGCUCCCAGCGGGUGAGACCUGCACCCACACGGCAGCCCGGGGACGGCAGUAAGGAGAGCAGACAUCCUUUUGCUUUGUACGCUUCAGGAGAGAAGAAUUCAAACAUGUGCAGCAAGAAGACACAUAAUGUUGGCCCUGCAGCUUCGACUACUGAGAUCCAUGAGUCGGCUCUUCGUGCAAAGACCAGGCGGGAGGUGGAGCACCAGAUCCAGACCCAGAAGGCCGAGCGCCGGAGAGCCAAGUCUGCCGAUCUGGACAAGGCCAAAAAGUUGGUUCAACCAGAAUUUAACCCCUGGCUCACUGAGUACAUGCGCUCCUUCUCAGCUCGCUCCCGAUAAGAGACACACACACACGCUUGCACGCACGCAUGCACACACACAGCAAAAAUACUUACAUCAGGUUUGAUUCCAGACGAAACAUAAAGCCAUUAUUGCCUUCCACCGCUGCAGUUUAAAUAUCCAUAGAUGUGAAAUAGAGCAUGGGGUGGAUUGAUUUAUACAAAAGAUCCAAAAUUUGUGUCACUCUCACAUUCAGAGUGUAAGCUGAUACAACAUUGACAUUCACUGUGUGGCUUAUUCCCCCAGAUGUGUACUGUCAUGUUUUUUUUUUAGAAAACUGUUUUUUAAUACAUACAAUAAGAAUCAUUUAACAGGGUAUAAGAUAAUCUUGAAAGUAAAUGUAAAGUAAAUUUAUAAUAAAUAGAAUCAUCUACCACAUACAGAUAGUUUGAUUAGUGAGGAAGGUGCAUUUUACAGCCAUACUUUGAUGCAGUCCCUUUAAACAGAAUAUACAUACACUUAUUGUAUAUGCUCAUUGACAAAACCAAACAGCCAAAAUGUUUGGAUUCCAAAAAGUUCUGCUAAGCACAGCAAGACGGCUUAACCAACUGAAAGUUUUUCUCGAAUGUAUGCAGCUUUACGGUACAAAGUAUUGAUUGUCUUACAGAAAUAGCUAUGUUUGUUUAACAUUUUUACAGCUUUUGUUUUGAGAUCACUUGAUUGAGAACUGGUUCUUGUAGAUUUAAUGGUUUGUUUAACGGUUAACGGAUUGAUCCUAACUGACUUGGUUUAGAUGAAGAGGGAAUCACACUCUGUGCACACAGUCAAACACAUCUCUGUGUAAAAUCCCCGAUGUGAGAUGAACAGACAGACACCGACUGGCAUGUAAACAGACGUUUAUUCAACACCUAAGUACUUCUCACAAAAGUUGCGGUACAGAUUUGUCCGCCUGCAUAGCAACUGUCCCUGUGCACAGCUCUCCGCUCCUUGUCAUCUUCCUGCCUAGCACAUGUCAGCUCGCAUGUCAGUGAUUUGUCAGACCCAGCUUCACUGUGGUAUUUAUCACACGUUAUUGCAGCCCGCCUGGCAGAUCCACAUUUAACAAAUACUCACCGGUGCGUCGACCUUCCCUCAGCCACUGCAGCUGAUGCCCAGCCACACCCACACGGCCACACUGUCUUUGUUCAUAAGUUGUGUUAAUGUGUGUGUAGAGUAACCAAUUGACCUGGUGACAUUGCAGUGUGAAAAUAGAUGUGUGUGUGUGUGUGUGUGUGUGUGUGUGUGUGUGACUUUUAAAGCCGUUGGAUGACUGUGAAAUGUGUUUCUGUUAAACAUUCACUGGCCAUGGGACUCUUUCCACCAUAACAUUGUAACAUUAAUUAUGACAUACAGCUAAUUUAGGCUCUUUUCAAAGCAUAAUUCUUGAGGUCAAAUCUGUUUUAUAAUUACUGUUACUGAAUAUGCUAUAGAACCAAAAGAGGAACCAUAACAACAGUGGACAUUAAGCUGACACCUAAAUGAAAUACAUGAGUACAAAUUGCUGAUUUACUGCUUACCUGUUAAAGUAGCAUACACUCUUAAGCAGGGCCAAAUCAAUAUGCACUUUGAUAAUUAGUCACCUUUAUGAAAGAAUAUUUGACUAGAAUACCUGGCCACUGAUUUUGGUUUUCAUGUAAUUUGUUUAUUUUUUAAAUCUCUGUAUAUUUGUUUGUAUGUGUGUAGUCGUCUGUUUCGAACAUCAGACGUUUGUAAUUACACAAGACAAAAUGUUUUGAUCAUCCAAACCAAGAUAAAUCAGAUCCCACUUGGUUUCCUUGUAUCAGUUAUCAUGAUAAAAUCAUCUCUGUGCCAU